GGCUCACUACAGGUGACCAGUGACCAGUGGGCUCUGUCUGAUACUGGACACACUUGUUAGUUUGGACAGCAUAUUGGACAAAGACUAACAUUUAUCUGGCUCAAUUGUAGAGUACAGUACUGUUACACUCCUUACAAAGCCCCCCAACCAUGUCAGUAGUUCAAAUGGAGACAUCCCUGGGAUUGCCACCUUCAGGUCAGACACACUGUCAGCUGCAGAGUCCAGAACUCUGCAACACCUGGGAUCAGGUUUCCCAGAUAAGACCACCAGCUAUCAAUGGAAACAGGGCAUUAACAGCCCCCAUCCACAGUCCUUCAGAAUUCCUAGCCUUGCCUCCAGCUCCAAGCCUGGAAGAAACAGAGAACAAAACCAUGAAAGAGAUUAAAGAUGAGUUUUUAAAGAAUCUGGAUGCCUAUGAGGGCACAAAAGAAAACCAAGACACACCAAUCAUGACUUUGGCUCACCCUGACUUGCAGGAGCCUCUACACUGCACUGAUACUGAGAGACUAAGCCAGAAGCAUGCUUCAAAUAAUAUGCAUUUGGGAGGCAUCAGCAUGGGUAUGAAAGAGCUUGGGGGACUGCAGAAUGAGACUGGAUCCAGCUUCGACUUUAAAGACAUAACUACACUUGAGGAAGACAUCCAAAUUCCCCACCUCCUCAACACCCUCACAGACAUAGACUGGGAUCAGGCCUGUGAAAACUGGAGCAUCAUCAGUGCCCCCCCUGACCAGAUGAGGAAGAAUAAACAUAAAUCCUCUGAGCUGCUUGAGGAAGCUCCUCAGGCCAAAAUCCAGCACCAGGACAUGGUGGAGGGGCAGGGGGCUCUGUGUGUGGCUGGGGCUAGUGACAGGACUAUUGAAAACAUGGAAAGGAACCAGAAGGGCAAAGUUCCCAAAGUGGCCUGUAGCAACAACAGAAGAGUUAGAAGACCAAGGCAGGAAAGACCAAGUGGACCAGAGAACAACUCUAAGAAAACAGAGGAGCUUAAGCAGUCAAGGAACAGAGUCAGAGGAGAAGAGAAGCCCACCAUCCCCAAGACCAAGAGGAAGAAGAAUCCACCUGAGCUCAGUCAAAACAACUUCAAGAUGCCUCGAACCAACCUUGGCAUGCAAAUGCUGGAGUCUGUGCAGGUCUUUCACCCACUGGGGAGGAAGAGUGAGAAGACAACUGGCAUUUCCUCCUUUGGGGGUCUACGAAACUUCACCAGCAACCAACAUCCAGGCCCAGGCUCAGUUACCACAGCAGUGCUAAACAUGCCAUGUGAGGGCCAAGGUUUCCCCAAAAGUCCAGGGAAGAUUCAUACAGUAGAGAGCAGUGCCAACAAAGACUGUGUGUCUUCAUCCACGUAUGAGCUGCCCCCAUCUGGGAAGGUCAGGUUAGUACCUCUGCAUUUUUCAACCCUGGACAAGCCUCAAGCCAGAGCUGUUUCUAGAAAUCCCCUUUCCCUGGCUUUACGAAAGCUCACUGCAGCUUGCCCUGUGCAGCCUCACUCCCACUCAGCUCAACCUACCACACUCAGGCCAAACCAACCAGGUCCUGUCAGCACAUCGUUGAUGGACUCAGCCAAGCCAGCUCCUCCAGUUUCUUCCAGAGCCACACAGCCUAAUGUAGCCAAUACCAUCCAGUCUAGUGCUGCACCCAAGUUGGCUAUCUCAAGGCCUGCACCAUACAGAGCACCAUCUCACACUUCAUUCCAGAGAGAGCAUGUUUCUGCUGCCAGGAACAAGGUGCCAUCAGCUCCCAAACCUCAAACUCAAUACCUGCUGCAAGACUUCAGCCGCCAAACAAUUCCAUGGAAGAAAGUCGACAUUCUGGGACCAGUUGUCUCACAGCCCAUCACAAAAGAGCAGAGGCCAGAGAGGGAAGCCAUGAAAAGGCGGGCUCAACAGGAACGUGAGAAUGCUGUCAAGAAAACUUCUUCUGAAAAACUGCAGCUUUUCCUUCAGAGGGAAAAGGAUAUAGAAAUUUCUCAAUAUUAUGGCUAUGUAAUAUAAGAGCUGGCCAGAUCACUGUGACUAUGUGAUUUUCUACAUUGAUUAAAGAGAUAUAUUCACUGACACAGAUGUAUAAAAGGAGAAAAAACCAAAUGGAAAAAUGUAUAUACAUAGGUACAUGUGCAGGAAUACAGAAGACUACUUAGAUAUAGAUGGAUAGACAAAACAUACCCACAUGUAUUUGAAUAGUGAGUAAAAUUGCCUAUAGAAUGUUUAGUUGGUUAUUUUAUUCUGAUAUUUCUCUUAACUAUGAUGAUUUAGGUUUAUGAUAUUCUAUACGAAAUUAAUGAAUGAAUUAGCCAGUGGCAGGGUUAUUGAAAACUUGAAAAAGAACCAGAAGGGCAAAGAUCCCAAAGUGGCCCCCAGCAAGGACAGGAGAGUUAGAAGACAGGGGCAGGAAAGACCAAGUGGACCAGAGAACAGCUCUAAGAAAACAGAGGGACUUAAGCAGUCAAGGAACAGAGUCAAAAGAGUAGAGAAGCCCACCAUCCCCAAGACCAAGAGGAAGAAGAAUCCACCUGAGCUCAGUCAAAACAGCUUCAAGAAGCCCCAAACCAACCUUGGCAUGCACAUGCGGGAGUCUUUGCAGAUCUUUCACCCACUGGGAAAGAAGAAUGAGGAGACAACUAACAUUUCCUCCUUUGGGGGUCUGAAAACCUUCACCAGCAACAAAGAUCCAGGCCCAGGCUCAGUUACUACAACAGUGCUAAACAUGACAAAUGAGGGCCAGGGUCCUCUCAAAAGUCCAGGGGAGAUUCAGAGAGUAUAGAGCAGUGCGGACAAUGAUUGUCUAUCCUGAUCCUAUAUUGUCAUCUGAGAGGCUCUACCAGUAGCUGACAGAGACAGGUCCAGAUAUUCAUAGGCAACCACUGGACUGAGGUCUGCGACCCCUGUGUAAGUUAGGGGAAAUGUUGAAGGAUCUGAAGGGGAUGCCAAAUACAUAGGAAGACCAACAGUGUCAACUAACCUGGACCCCUGAGAGCUCCCAGGGACUAAGCCACCAAACAAAGAGCAUACAUGGGCUGGUCCAAGGCCACUGGCACAUAUGUUUCAAAAGACUGACUGCCCUUCUGGCCCCAGUAUCAGAAUGUGCACUUAUGCUUGUAGAGACUUGAUGCUCCAGAGAAGGAUGAUGUCCCACUUUAGCAAGGAUGAUGGUAUGAGGGUAACAUCUCAGAGGGAAAGGGGAGGCAGAACGGGGUGAAGAACUCUGAGGAGGAAGGGGCAAUAUUUGGGAUGU